AUGAGCUCUCGCGCCCCUGCUUCCUGUUUCUCCUGUCGCCGCAGUAAGCGACGCUGUGACAAGAACUUACCAACAUGCCAGCUAUGUAGUCAAAAAGGCGCGAAGUGCAGCUAUCCCCGCAGACGCGGCCAAAGCUCCCCCUCCCCUACCCGCAGUGUACAGGGAUCGGAUUAUGACACUGGUUCUAAUUCACCAUACACCCGGGAGCUUGUUGCAGUACCCAGAAGCACCGGAUCUCUGUAUAAUUCUGCAUCUUCUAUUUCGUCUCCAUUUGCUGUUACCACCGCCAUUAGGUUCCUCGCACCCGAUGUUUUCCGCGAGGCUCGAUUGGAAAUCCCUCGCCUCGAUGUAGGAAUUCCGGACGAAGUUGCCUAUCAUCUCGGUGAUAAUCAUCAAGUUCGGGAGACGGCUAGCAAGUUUUUCCAGGAAUCAUGGCUACCUAUCAUCAGCCGGAAGCGCUAUUUAGCUGCUAUACUCAAUCCAUUAUCCCCAUCCCGGCGUCCGACAGCUUUACUAGCCCUGUGCAUGAAGCUAUGUUGCUCGUCAGCAUACGAUGAGGAAAGCCCUAGGAAAAACUCGCUAUACAAAUUAGUCAAGAAAUUCUACUCAGAAGUGGAGAGCACACAAGAUUUGUGUGUGGAAGUCUUACAGGCAGCUAUACUCAUUGCGAUCUUUGAGAUUGGUGAUGCGGUCUACCCUGCUGCAUAUUUGACUGUCGGAGUUUGUGCCCGAUAUGGAAUUGCUAUGGGCCUGGACAAGAUCAAUAAAGAUCGCAUGGGCGAACGGUAUGAUCGUAUGGGGUCCUGGAUGGAGAUUGAGGAGAGGCGCAGAGCUUGGUGGGCUAUCUUAAUCUUGGAUCGGUUCGUCACCUCAUAUUCAAGUCUCGUUUUAUCGUCAUCCCCAGAAAGGAAAAUCCGGGUCAUCAGCAGCAUUUUCCCUUGUUGA